AUGGCUCUUGCUUUCCUCUUGGCAGCAGUCCUGGGACUUCUUAUUGUCAAGGCUGUUUUGUUUCAGCUGAGAAACCCGAGCUCCCCUCCUUGCAUCAGGAGCUGGAUCCCUUGGUUUGGAGCUGCGUUUCAGUUCGGGAAGGCUCCUCUGGAGUUUAUAGAGCAAGCUAGAAGCAAGCAUGGGCCUAUAUUCACAAUAUUCGCUCUGGGAAAACGGUUUACUUUUGUGACUGAGGAAGAAGGAACUGAAGUAUUUUUUAAAUCUAAAGACUUAAAUUUUGAACAGGCAGUACAAGCAGCUGUCAAGAAUGCAGUUUCUGUCCCUGCAGAAGCAUUUUAUCAGAACCAUGGUAACCUCUACAGCAUGAUGAAGGGAAAAAUGGGUCCUUCUAAUCUGCACAUGUUCAUGGGCACUUUGUGUGAGGAACUAAAUGAGCACAUGGCACACCUGGGCAUGGAGGGCACAGGUGACCUCAGUGACCUGGUAAGGCAUGUCAUGUAUCCAGCAGCGGUGAACACUUUGUUUGGGAAAGACAUCUGCCCAACAAGUCAGAGUGAAAUCAAGGAGUUUGAAGAACAUUUUCAGAAGUACGAUGAGGACUUCGAAUACGCUUCUCAGAUGCCCGAAUGCUUCCUGAGGAACUGGUCUAAAUCCAAAAAAUGGCUUCUAAAAUUAUUUGAGAAAGUAGUGUCAGAUGCUGAAAUGACCAACCCUUCAGAGACUACAUCCAAGACACUACUGCAACAUCUCCUGGAUAACUUGCAAGGAAAACACCUAGCUCCCAAUUAUGGUCUCCUAAUGCUCUGGGCUUCCCAAGCAAAUACUGUCCCUACUGCAUUUUGGACCCUUGUUUUCAUACUCUCUUAUCCUUCCAUUUACAAGAAAAUCAUGGAAGACCUGGCUUCUGUUUUUGGCAAAGCAGGUAAAGAUAAAAUAGAAGUCUCUGAAGAGGACCUUAAGAAGCUCCCUUUCAUUAAAUGGUGCACUUUGGAAGCCAUACGGCUAAGGUCUCCAGGUGCAAUCACCAAGAAAGUAGUAAACCCAAUAAGAAUUCAGAAUUUCACCAUUCCUGCAGGUGACAUGCUGAUGUUGUCACCGUAUUGGUUGCACAGGAAUCCAAAAUAUUUUCCUGAUCCAGAUGUGUUCAAACCUGAUCGUUGGAAAGAGGCAAAUUUAGAGAAGAAUGCUUUCUUGGACAGCUUUGUGGCAUUCGGAGGAGGGAACCAUCAGUGUCCAGGAAGGUGGUUUGCUAUCAUGGAAAUCCAGUUGUUUGUUGUGCUAUUCCUAUACAAAUAUGAAUUUGUGCUUUUGGAUGCAGUACCAAAGGAGAGCCCUUUACAUUUGGUGGGGACACAGCAACCCAUGGCACCAUUCCGGGUCCAGUAUAAAUGCCGGGAAUGAAAGCUGCCCAGCACUAACUGACCUUCCUUUGCCAGCCACCCCUGGAUGGAUGGACCACUGAGCUGCUUCCCUAUCUUACAUCUUCAUAUAGGUUCUCUGCCUUAACAGUUCUUAAUUUCAACUUU